AUGCGAGAGGUGGAGCGAUGCGGAGGGCGCGUUGGAGUGGUGGCGUUGUCGACGGCGCUCGGGGUGGACGCGUCGACGUGCGAACGCGCGGCCAAGGCUUUGGCUCGAGAAAACGCGUCGAGCGGCGCGCGGUUCUUGGAGGGGGAACUCAUGACGGAUGGAUACUUUGACGACGUCGCGAGGGAGACGCAGGAGAUUUUGCGCGAAAACGGAACGGCGACUGUUUCGGACGUCGCGCGUAAGUUUUCGCUCGGUGCCGACUUGGUGGUGAAAGUUUUGCGCGAACGCGUCGUCGGCGCGUCGGACGUUAAGAUGGACGGAAGUUUAGUUUACACCUCCGAGUACGUCGCGAAACUCACAUCGCGCGUGCGUGAGACUUUGAUGGCGUGUGCGGUGCCAACUUCUCGCGACGCUCUGCUCCGCGAGGCGCUCGGCGAGGAGGCCAGAGCGCAGCUUGUGGGAAGCGUAUUGAGCGAAGUUAUCAAGUCGAAAGCGGUGAGACUCAGUGGUGAGAUGUCUGGAGGCGUUUGGUACCCAGCGGCGCACUUGGAUCGUCAGCGCAAGAAGCUUUUGGAGAUGUUUGCACAAAUGGGCGUUGUGAGCGUCGACGCCGCGGCACGCGUCGGUUUUGAUGCAAAGCAAGCAAAGAAAAUUCUCUCAGAAGCGGACGAGUCACACUUGGAGUUCGGAUCGCCGGCGUGUUUCGUCGCUAAAAGAGUUCUAGAUCAGUUCGAAACUGCCGUCUCAGAAGCGCUCGACGAAGAUGGCUAUUGUUACACGCCGGACGUCUUACCGGAAGGCUUGACAAGUUGUGCCGAGACGCUCGCCCAGACGAGUGUGUUGCAGAAGCAUGUCGAGUUUGGCAGGGAGUACGUGGUUACGAAAUCCUUCAUCAAAAAGUGCACAGAUGCGAUUAAACGCUUCGGGGAAUUGGCUGCUGAAAAAGCCAUACGCGAGAACGAGAAGAAGGAUGUUGCCACGCUGCGUGAAUUCCUCGUGGCAAAUUCGGUCGGAGAUUCAGACGUCAUCGCAGCCGUCAAACGCGCCGUUCCGGGCGUGGAAGCCGACUUGAUUCAAGAACUGGUGCGAGUGCAUAAAGUUGCGGCAGUAUUGGCAUUUAAAGAACGCAUUUCAUUCGCGAUAGCGAGUCACGGCGAUAAGCUCAGAAUGUCUUGCGACGCGGCAAAGAAGAUAUUCCUGGCGUCGUACCCGACGGCAUUGUUAUGCUCCAAGGGAACCGCAGAGGUGUUGUCGCACGACUCACACGCCAUGACAUACACAUGCAGAAGAUACGCCGUGCCAUGUGCGGACGCAUUUUUACGAUCGAAAGCCGAAAAGAGUUUCGAUGAGGGCGAUAGCGCAGCGCCUUUGACAGAAAAGCUUCGUGCAUUCAUCGUGGAAAGUUUUUCGGAUGGCAACAAAGCGAAAGCUUUAGGUCGCGACUUAAUCGACGCAAUCCGUCGUGAGAAAUCACCCAUGGACGUCAUGGAUUCCCUAGGAAGACUUUGCGAAUUAUUUGGAGUCCGCCUUCCGGCGCCGAAUAAAAAAACGGAACGCUCGAUGCUGCACGUGCACAAGAAAGGCCUCGAAGAGCAGCUUCGCGCCGCGACAGACAUCUCAAAAGCUUUGUUGAUUGUCGUUCCUUUAUUAGUGGCGCAGACUCGAGGUAAAGUCGUCGCCAUCACAGGUCGCUCUCUUGGCGCUGCGCUCGAGGCCUGCGAAGGCCUUGAACCUGAACGCCGCACCGUUGUCAAAGCCGCUAUCACGCAAGUCCUCGACGAGCUCACCGGCGCUUCUUCGUCAACGAGCGCAAUACCCAUAGAUAUAGAGACUCUAAAAGCUGCCGCCCUAAGCGGUACGUCCUCCCGGGACGAUUAG